CACCACCUCACACUUUUCCCUUCUAUAUAAACCCUUUCAACACAUUCAAUAUUUUCCUUCCCAAAACGCACUCACAUCGUGUCGUUUACUUUGAGAGAGCACUGCGCAGGCGAUUUCUGUGGUUUCGGAAAGUUCGACUCGUCGUUUUUGUCUCUUGCGGUUCAUAAGAUGUCUUACUCAAGGAGAUCAAGGUAUUCUCCUUCUCCUUCUCCAUCCCCAUACAAGGGGUACAGCAGGUACAGCAGGUCCUUAUCCAGGUCUCUUUCAAGGUCAAGAUCGAGAAGCCGUUCAAGGAGCGUCUCAAGUGAUGCAGAAAAUCCUGGAAAUAACUUGUAUGUGACUGGAUUAUCUCCUAGGAUCACCAAGAGAGAACUGGAGAAGCAUUUUGCAGCUGAAGGAAAGGUAUGCACUUCAGCUUAUUCUAAAAUAGUCUUUCUGUAGAUUUAUGUUGCCUGCCAACUGUGUUUUAAUCUUCCUGAAGCAGCUCUUCAUCAAACUCUCAAAUCACAACUAACCAAACAAAUCAUCAACAAGUAUCAGAUCAUUGGGGUUGCCAGAAGGCGACGUGGCCGAACCCCAACGCCUGGAAGAUAUCUUGGGCUAAGGACUAUUCGAGCACGCCGUCACUCACGCUCCCCAAGCUACUCUUCUCGGCGCUCUCCUAGCUAUUCCCCCUACCGAAGAAGCUAUAGUCGUUCGCCAUAUUCUCCAGAUCGUAGUAGGAGUCCCUCUUAUUCUCCUGACUAUCGCCGUAGAAGGUCUUACUCUCCUGACUACCGGCGAAGGAGGUCUUACUCUCCAUAUUACUACAGUCGACGCAGGUCCCCAUAUUCUCCAUAUUAUAGUCGUCGCAGGUCGUAUUCGCGAUAUGAUCGUUAUGAGCGGCGGAGGUCAUAUUCGCGGUCUCAAUCCCCAUACAGCAGGUCACCUGUCAGUUAUCGUGACAGAUCAUACUCUCCCUAUGACUCAAGGUAUGACUCGCCCGAUGAUCGCUAUUACAGAAGGCACCACAACAGGUCAGUUUCUCCAAGUGUCUCCCCUCCCCCAAGGCGGAGGUCGAGGAGAAGCUACUCGCGGAGUGUCACUCCUGUUCGAAUGAGGAGCUGCUCUCGAAGCAUCUCUCCCCGACGCAGCAGGAGGAGCUACUCACGAAGUGUUUCUCCACCAAGGAAAAGUUCUGGGAGGAGCCAUUCAAGAAGCUCUAAAAGGAGUGGUGGUUAUUCCAAACGUAGUAGGAGCCCAAGUCCAAGUGUGAGUGCAAGUUCAAGAUCAUUUUCAAGGUCCAACACUCCUGGAUCUGCUUCUCCUUCAACUUAGAUAUAUCAUACAUCCUAGAUCAACUUAAUAUGUUAGGGAAGAAUAUUAUAGAUAUGUAGUUCUAGAAUGAGGCUUUUGUUGUUGGUUAUGUUCGUGAUUUGUGACAUUUGAAGAUGCUCAUAUUAUGUGGAUUUUCACGGGUAGUGAGUGCUGAAGAUAUCACUGACAAUAUAACACGUUUGCUUCUCUGUUGUGUAUUUCACAAAAAUGGUUUCAGUGAGGUUUAAUACCAGAAAUGCUAAA